UUGGUGUGGUAACGAAAGGACCGAAAAACCACAAUAUCAUAUCUUCCUUUCUCUCUGGGUACCAAUGCCGUCUCCAUAUACUCCGGCCCCCCAACAUCUUCUUCAAUCUCCUUCGCUUGGCAGCACUUUUUUAUUUAACAACAUCUGCAAAGUCAACUGCAUCAAAUUCCCAGGAAGAAGGCUUAUUUCUCUUCCAAAAUUAUCAUUAUCCACUGCAAAUCCUGCAUUCCCAGAAGGGUUAUCCCAUUUGAUUGACAAGAAAGAAAUCGGCUUAGUUGAGAAUUAUAGUGGCCUGCCCAUCAAAAAAGAAAAGCCUGAAACCAAUAGAUUGCAGGUGGAGAAUUUCGUGGAUGUAAUUAGAGCAUUACCCUGUAAAGAAAGAAAUGAUAUUCUCAACGGUUUUACAAAAGAUGACCAAAAUUGGAACAUAUCGGACUUAAAUGAUUUUCUCAUGGCUUUCCUCGUAGCUAAUGAGCCUAACCUUGCCUUAAAACUGUAUUAUGAUAUAUCCUCUCAUGGUUUGGCACCAGAUUCUUGCACAUUUUCUAUCAUAAUCAGGUGUCAUUGCAAGAUAAAUGAUGCUGAUGAAGCUAAAAGGGUUUUAGACCGCAUGCAAGAAAAUGGGUUAAACCCAAAUGUGGCUACUUUGACAACGUUGAUCAAUUCAUUUUGCAAGAGGGGUAAAUUACAGAAAGCUUUCGAAGUCCUUGAGGUCAUGGAAAGAAUUGGGUGCAGACCAACUGUGCAAAUAUACAAUUGCUUGUUGAAAGGAUUAUGUUACGUGGGGAGGGUGGAGGAAGCAUAUGAACUGCUAGAAGAUAUCAAGAAAUCUUCCUUAGAACCAGAUAUUUAUUCAUACACAGCUGUGAUGGAUGGUUUCUGCAAGGUAGGCAGAUCAGAUGAGGCAAUGGAGCUGCUUAAUGAAGCUCUGGAGAUGGGAUUGACACCAAGUGCUGUCACUUUUAACACUCUGUUUGAAGGUUAUAGUAAAGAAGGGAGGCCACUCAAAGGAAUUGGUGUGUUAAAGAAAAUGAAACAGAGAAAUUGCAUGCCCGAUUAUAUUAGCUAUAGCACGUUACUACAUGGUUUGUUGAUAUGGAGGAAAAUCGCAGCACUGCUAAUAUAUAAGGAAAUGGUGGGGAAUGGUUUUGAGGUGGAUGAGAGGUUAAUGAACGGUCUCUUGAGGGGUUUGUGUAGAAAAUUCUUGAAGGAAAAAGACCUACCAGAAGAUGCCUAUAAAGUGUUCGAGGAAAUGAAUAAAAGAGCAUAUAUUAUUGACCAUAGCACAUACAGUCUAGUGAUCCAAGCUCUUUCCAUGGGAAAGAAAGUGGAUGAUGCUCUGGCCAAUUUGCACCAAAUGAUUAGAUUUGGGCAUAUUCCAAGAGUUACCACCAUGACUAGCGUAAUUCGAGCAUUUUGCGUGGAGGGAAAGUUCGACAAGGCGUUUCUGGUAUUAGUUCUGAUGUAUGAAACUCAUAAAAUCCCUAGUAGAAUCUCCCACGACCUCAUGAUUCGUGAAUUGAAUAGACAAGGAAGGUUUUUAGAAGCUUGUAAUGUCUAUGGUGCAGCGUUGGUUCGAGGCGUAGUUCCCAUCAAGAAGCCCCGACAAUAAGGAAAUGCUUGACAACAAUUAUUUGCAUUCAUUCAAUUGCCUUAAUACUAUCGAAGUUAUCUUCAUGCAUAAAUGAAUUCUGUAAUGGCAUUAGUUGCUGUCUGCACUUCAAAAACACAACAUAAUUACAGUAGAUCCGAUAUUAAAUUUUCCAU